AUGGCAUCCGAAGACGGCUUGCUUGCAGCAGAAAUCGCCCCAGCCUCUCAACCCGACCUGAGCCAGCCGACUGCCACUCAACCCCAAGACGUCGCGAGACCAAACAAGCGACGACGUGACGAAGAUUCCGCCUCUCCCGGCCCUCGCGGCAAUCACGUCUCCGACCAGUGUCCAUCACCCUCCAAGGCCGCCCGCCCGUCUCUCGCGACUGCAUUCCCCCGACCACCGGUGCGUCUUCCCGGAGCUGCCACCCUCGGAGACGAGUAUCGACGCCGGGUCGAGGACAGGGCUUCAAGCCCGUCUUCCGUCAUCCCCAACCUGUCUCACACAAUACUCACGUCAUUGAUGACCGGCCUGACCCAAGCCAUGAGUCGACCAAGCGACGCUCCUCAAGUUGCGCCCACCGCCAGCAUGGAGCCGGCUGCCAAGGCAGUGACGGCCCUCUCGAUUGCGUCUGCGAAUGUUAUGCGCUCCGAUGAUGGCAACGAAGACGCGUCGUCGGCCAACGGCGGCGUGAUGCCGCUUGCGCAAAUCACCGGGAGUCCUGUUGCCAUGGAUGUGGACUCGGCCAAAAUUGAAAACGCCCAGACUCAGCCCGCAGAAGACGACAAGUCGCACCCUGGCUCCAUGUCAUAUCCAGGACCUCUUCAAGCUGCUGCCAACCUAGCCGAGGCUCCGGCCCGGGGCAUGAGCUUUCCCAUUCCAGGGCAAAUCCAUCAUACCUCACCGACCUCUCCCAGCGGCGGGAAGAAGCACAAGUGUCCUUACUGCAGCACGGAAUUCACACGCCAUCACAACCUCAAGAGCCAUCUCUUGACCCACAGCCAGGAAAAGCCGUACGUCUGCACCGAGUGUCAGAUGCGAUUCCGCCGCCUGCACGAUCUGAAGCGGCACGGAAAACUCCACACCGGAGAGAAGCCUCACAUCUGCCCCAAAUGUGACCGCAAAUUCGCAAGGGGCGAUGCGCUGGCUCGACACAGCAAGGGAGCAGGAGGUUGCGCGGGACGGCGAACCAGUAUGGGCAGCUUCGCAGACGGAGACGAUGUGGAUGGCGCAAUGGGCGAAGGGGAUGAAUCAACAAUGUCGGGGGUGGCCUAUGAUAACCCGGAUGAGGAAGAACUCAGACACCAGAGCCUGCCUAGCAUUGGCGCACAACACUCACCCGGCGACAAUUACACGUCUCUCUCGCGCACAUACCCUCCAGCUGGUCCUCGACCUGCUGCUGCUGCUGCUGCUGCUGCUGCUAGCGGUCUGUAUCCUCCAAAGGUGCACCAAAGCCAAGUCGGCACCAUGAGUUCAUCCAGCAUGCCUGAAAGCAUGACCAGUAAUCACACGGCCAACACAAGCGCCUCCUCUGUUCCAGGUGGAAGCGGCGGCACGGGCAUGUACUCGCAGGCAGGCAUGACGGAGAGUCCGAAGCCGCUCAGCCCGGGUAUUUCGGGCCACGAGGGACCGUCCUUGACGAGGCAACAACGUUCCCCCAGCAUCACACAGCAAUACCAGCAGCAACAGCAACAGCAGACGGGGAGGAGAACGUCGGAGCUGCACUCGCCGCGCGGCGUGCAGAACCGGCCCAAGCUGCCUGGGCUUUCGCAUCCUGGGUUUGUCGGGCCCAGCUCAGCUGCUUACCCUCACGACAGGACAACGAGCGGGGGGCAAUCCGCCGGCGACAGCGGAAACAUGUUUGCCCAGAGCGAUCCAAGUGUGUGGGAAUACAUACGGCUGCUGGAGGACAAAAUCAAGACUCUUUCUGAUAGAGUGGGUUCUCUUGAUCACGAAGUGGCGAGCCUGAGGAAGCAGCUCAAUGUCCGGGACGCAAACGCUGGAACCUGA